CAAUGGUGCACCUUGAUACUGGAAGUAUAACCAAGAGUCGCCCUUUUGAAUGCCCAACUUGCCAAAGAAGGUUCACAAGAAUUGAAAAUCUACGGAGACAUGAACGACAACAUUCACAGCAAAGACUUUCUUGUCAGCAUUGCUUGAAAUUAUUUUCACGAAAUGACGCUUUGAAACUUCAUUUGAAACGAUUCCACCAAAAUGGGAGUAUUUUGAAAUCAGCAGCUUCUGUUAAGAUCGAUUCACCAUUGGAAAAAGUAUCAAGGGAUAAACUGGAGACACUUCUACAAUUAUAUUGGGAAAACUUUCAUCCAACUUUUCCAAUAUUACACAAAAUGACAUUUCGUUCACCAGGAGAUUAUGACGAUGAUGAUGAUGACGAUGAUGCUACUAUUAUUCACGAAUUUGCUCAAAACGCGCUGGUCAAUAUCAUGUGUUGUAUUGGUCUACGAUACCUAAAGGAUGAUGAAAGCAAACAAUUGAGAUUAAGCUUAGAAGCCUAUGUUCUUAAAAAACUACAGACACCUUCAGUUGAGGAUCCUGCUUUGACAGAUUUACAAGCAUCUUUAUUAUACAUUCAUUGUGGGAUAUAUUCAGGAAAUGAAGAGUGGUUUAAAAAAGCUGAAAUUGAAUUACAUUAUUUAAUUGAAAUCGCAAGAGAAACAGGGAUUUUCCAAAACACACCAGCUGUAAGCCAAUUGGGUAAAGAAUGGGAUAAAUUUAUAUUUUCUGAAUCAAGAAGGAGAAUAUCAUAUGCAAUUUACUUCAUUGAUAGUCAGUUAGCAACACUGUUUAACUAUCCACCAGUCACAUCACAUUAUGAAAUCAAACACAUCCUUCCUUGUUCAGAUGAAUUAUGGGAAAUGCCAACAGCUGAAGACUGGGAAGCCUAUAAAGAGUCUCAUGUUGAAACUCAGGGAUUAUAUUUUUUGGAAGGCUUGCAAGAUGCGUUGAUAUAUGGUAAAAUGUCAAAACCUACAAGCUCUUUUGGCGCAAUGACUAUUCUUUCAGCAAUGCAUAUAAUGAUUAGACAUAUGACUCAGUAUGCAGGGAUUUUGGAAACAGUUCCCUCACAUGCUCAAGAUCCCUUUUCAAGACGUUCACAAUUAGGUAAUGGGUUAAAUGGACUAAGAACGUUAAUACCCAAAAAUACACAUUCGGAUCCAUUCAGACAGAAAACCAUGUGGGAUUUAUUUGAAUACUUCUGGAAUCUUGCUUAUAUCCAUUUACAUUUACCAGACACUGUUAUUACAUCAGGUAUAAUUGAAGUCUCAUUAGAUGCUACUGUUGUAACUUGUGCAACCUUGGCUAAACCACAAAGUAAGAAUCCACCAGGUAUUGCUUUAUUGAAUAAUGAUUUCAGUCAAAUUCCUUAUCAAACUCAUGCUUUGGCUUCAAGUCAUUUAGGGUUUUUCCUGAGUUCAUACAAGAAAGGAGUUCAGGAACAGAACCCAGCAAUGACUUUCAUGUUUUAUAAAGCUUGUCUUAAAGCAUGGCAAAUAUUGAAUGUUGCCUUGAAAAAGGAUGAAGCUGAAAAUUUCGAAUAUCCUUUAGAAUUGGAUGAACAGAAAAGACAAAUGUUGGAGAGUAAAUAUUUGAUGCAAAGAUUAGCUGGUGACAUCUUGUGUAACUUGGAAGGUAGUACAGACUACAGUGACUUACAAUAUUUUGAAAAUUGGGUUGAGAGUUCGUUGAGCUCAUUAAACACUUGGGGUAUAGGUGAUUGUGCUUCUUGCUCAUUCAGAGAUAUGUUGAUAGAACCUCAAUUUUAG